AUGACAAUGACCUUUGGUUCCAGCAUCACACAGGUCUGCAUAAUUAGCAAAAAAACGGUUCUCUGGAAUUGGGAAGAAGUGGACAAGCUAGCUUUCUGGACGAUCAUUCUCAGUGGCGCUUUAAGUUUGACGGCAUCGUAUUUGGUGGACGUGUUUCAAGGUCAUCUGAAGAUCGCUCUUCAUCUUCUACUUACGAUCUCGUCGGCAAUGUUCCUUUGGGUACUCCUGUUGGACGAUCGAGUGUUGGCCUUUCACAAAGGCGAACUGUAUGCCGCGGUGAUCCUGGGGAUAUCCGCCAGCUGGUCAACUCCCGCCCUUUUCCUUGAGCUCGCUUCCGAGAUCGCGUUUCCGGUCUCCGAGGCCAUUGUCGGCGGCUACAUGAUUUUCUUGUCGAACUUAGUCGGCGCGCUUUUCUACUUUUCAUACUUUCUACCAUGGAUGAACGAGCACUGGUCAACGUAUUGCGCGUUCGGUAACGUCACGAUCGCGAUGAUACUUGUGAUUUAUGUCAAGGAAGAAUACAAUCGCACAAAGAUAGAAUCAGAAAUCGACUGGCCAUUUCAGGAAGCGCUAAAGGGUUGCCGGAAGUUCCGACGGAAGAAAAUACGAAACUAA